AUGGCGGAAUUGUACUUACGGCCGAACGAAACUGAAGAAGAUUUUUAUCAGAGAUGUACAAAUAUAAGCUAUUUCGACUGCUCCGAGGAGGAGAUGCUGUGGUGCAUGAUCGGGCCACGUCAGCUGCCACUCGUGAGGAUUGUCCCACUUUCAGUGGUGUUGCUGUUGAUCUUCCUGACUGGUGUGAUAGGCAAUGUGGCGGUGUGCGUGGUCAUCGUGCGUCACCCAGCCAUGCACACCGACACCAACUACUAUUUAUUUAGUUUGGCGCUAAGCGAUCUCCUGCUUCUGCUGUUUGGUCUCCCUAACGACCUGUGGGUGUACUGGCACCAGUAUCCGUACAGCUUUGGCGUAGUGUUCUGCAAAUUUAGAGCGUUGAUAUCUGAGGCGGCAUCGUACGUGUCGGUGCUAACGAUCGUGGCGUUCACCCUGGAGCGGUAUUUGGCGAUUUGCCAUCCACUACACAUCUACGCCAUGGCGGGCCUACGACGGGCGCUACGAAUCGUAGCUGCACUCUGGGCGCUGUCCCUUUUCGCUGCAGCCCCAUUUGCUCACUACACGACGGUGAACUACCACGAAUAUCCACCUGGCUCGGGUAACGACUCACUGGAAUCCGCUUUCUGCGCGAUGUUGGAGCUUCCUUCUUGGUACAUCUGUGAGCUGAGCAGCCUGUUCUUCUUUAUUCUGCCCGGCAUCAUUAUUCUCUGUCUUUACGUUCGCAUGGGCCUGAGGAUUAGAUAUGUGAUGGGAUCGACACAAACACAAAACCCUGGAAGUCCGAGGACCUUAAAUGGAGUCAACGGAAGUGUUCAUGGAGAAGCACGACAGGCGCAGUCUCGAAAGAAUAUCAUCCGAAUGCUUGCCGCGGUAGUGAUAGCUUUCUACGUAUGCUGGGCACCGUUCCACUUCCAACGGCUGUUCUUCAUUUACGGCACCAGUUCCAAGAACUAUCACACCAUCAACGAGAAUCUGUUCAACGUUGCGGGUGUGUUCUACUACAUCUCCGCCACGGUCAACCCAAUACUUUACAACAGUAUGAGUCGUCGAUAUCAAGCAGCCUUCCGAGAAACACUCUGCUGCAGAAAAGUUAAAAGAAACAUAAGCAGAUUCAGCAGAGAUCAUUCCAGCAUCUACGAAACUACAGUUAACCAUACCGCAGAAGGCACUCACUUGGUCCGUGUCCGAUCUCAUAGCCACGACCGUAGGAACAGGAUCGAACAGCGGGCUAGACGCAACAGUUCUUAUGGCACAGAAACAAACCCAUAUGGGAACAGAUUGCGGGAUUUGCGUGACACGAGAAGAUAUAACGCAGUGUAA